CGCAACGGAGGCAUUUUCCUGUAGUUCGUAUUUUAGUACUGGUACUUACUACGGUACGUACCGCACUGUACAUACUGUACUGUAGGGCAGUACCGUAGAGUUGUGGGAAAGGUGGACCAAAGCAACAACAACGACGACGAUGGAGUGGGCUCCUCGGCACAAACCAAGCGACAAAACCCAUUCCUCUUUCCUCUCCUUGCCACCGCGGUACCCUCGAUUGUUCGACAGGAUCACGUCCAAACACUCGUCAUCUCUGCCGCCGUUGCCACUGUGUAUGCGAGAGUAAACCACUAGGUUGGGAACAAACGAAACGAAUCAAAUCGAAACGAAUCAAAUCGAAUCGAAUCGAAUCGAAUCGAAUUGCACCGCCAGAGCGCCAGUUGUGGCCAUCGGCUGUUGCCAACCGUCUCGUCGCAGCGACACGCACAAACGCAAACGCAGACGCAGCCCACCGAUACGCACACGCCACGGAUCCGCGGCACGAAGCGACAAGAACAGAGGCAACAAUGGGGACCAAGCGAUUGCUGAUCCAGAGCACCUCCCUGCUGGCCYUGGGCCUGCUGGUGGGGGUGGCGGUCCGCCACGGAUUCUGCGGGGGGACCUCCAAGAGGGGGAACCUCACCAAGGACCUCCCGGGGGUCCCCGGCCGCGGCCCGUUGGGGGCGGCCGUGGAGGCGGCGUGGUGGGAGGAUGCGGUCUGCUCCCCGAUCGCGUACGCCCUGGGGGGCGGGAAAAUCAGAACGAGCGGAGAAGCAUCGUCGAAAGCCAAACCAACUUUCACCACCACCGAGGGAGUCCUCCCGGACCGCCGGAGGAUGGUGCUGGCGGUGGAAGACCCGGGGGCCCUCCCGGGGUGGAUAGGGGCCCUGUCGGGCGAGUGGGCGGGAACGAGCGGGGAGCCGCCGCUGAUGCGCGAAGUGCUGGGCCGCCACCCCAUGGAGCUGGAGCUCAUCGAUCCCCCCCUGGAACCCGCGGGAGACCCCAGCGAAACCGCCGCAAGGCUCGCCGUUGCGAGCCGGGCGGUUGCGRAGGCGCCGCCCGAUCGGCACACCCUUUUGCUCUACGUUCCGGAAGGCUUGCUGCCGGGCGGAAGCGGCGGCGGCGGCGGCGACGGCAUCGAGUGGAAAUCCUUCCUCCGAACGACCCGGCAAGGCCCCGGAACGACCACCGUGCUGGUGCCCUCGCCCGUGCGGUCACCGGGCGGGGGUGGAACGAAAGGACSGGGACCCGCCUCCCUCGUCGAGGACUGGAUGGCCCGGCAGCACGUUGCGGAAUCCAAGCGAAAGGGCCCCGCGCCGCCCGCACCAACCUUCGRGGGGCGAAUGACCCGGGAGAUGCCGAUCGAGCACUUUCUGGCGGUCCUCUUUCCCCUCCUCUUCCCCCUCUUUGUGCCCUUUUUCGUUUCCUUCCUCAAGGAGCUCAAGCGCUACCGGGCGGGCCGUKCGGACAAGCCGAAAGCAGCGAACCGAUAGGGGGGGCAGAACGCCAGCCGGCGAGCCUUGCACGAAAGGACGGCAGGCACAACAGCA